GCACAGUCACAAAGAGAGAGGAACAAACAAAGCAACCACAAAAUUUAUGCAGCUUUAGAUCAACCUCUCUGUGUGUGUCUCUUCUAUGGUACAUACAGCUUUCUCUCUAGUGAAUGGUAGAUUUGAGGUGAAGAGGUUCUACAUUGGUAAGAUCUUGGUCUUGCAAUGGGUAAAUCACCAGGAAAAUGGAUCAAAACUGUACUGUUUGGGAAGAAGUCAUCCAAAUCAACUAUACCAAAAGGAAGAGAGAAGCUUGUUAAUCAAAAAGAAGGAGUUGUUGCUUCCAAGGUUUCAGAAACUGGUUUGGCUUUAGAGCCAACCUCCAAUACUAUUGCUGGACACGAGGAAGACCUGGAGCUGGAGAAUAAAGAAGCAGAAAAUGUUUUAUCUGGAAAUCAAGUAAUCGACACAAUAGAACCUGUUCAUCAAGAUGCACCACUUGAUCCAGAGAAAAUGAAGCUGGAGGAAGCAGCUACAAAAACACAGGCUGCUUUCAGGGGUUAUUUGGCUCGGAGAGCAUUUAGAGCCCUAAAAGGCAUAAUAAGGUUGCAAGCACUUAUUCGCGGGCACUUGGUUAGAAGACAAGCUGUUGUUACGUUAUGCUGUAUGUAUGGAAUUGUCAAAUUACAAGCAGUUGUUCGUGGCCAAAGAGUUAGAAAAUCUGAUGUUGGAUUUGAAAUUCACGAGAAGUGCAAUCUCUUGAAGCUUCAGGAUGACAAACCUAUCAAGCAAGUUGGUAUAUCUGGUAAAAUUUUGAAGCUGUCAGCUAAUAAUUUCAUCCGUAAGCUUAUUGCUUCGUCAACUACAAUAAUGGCACUGCGUUUGCAAUAUAUUCGUGGUGAUCCAAAUUCUGUCCUAAGUUGGUUGGAUCGCUGGUCAGCAUCUUGCUUUUGGAAGCCAAUUCCCCAACCUAAGAAAAUUCGGGAUACUAGGUCACAGAAAAAGCAGGGUAAUAUUUCAACUGGAGAGGCUCAAAUGAGUAAGUCAAAACGCACUCACAGGAAGCUUCCUGCUGCGAAUUUUGACCUAGCCCCAGCACAAGCAAAUCCCGAGUUUGAAAAACCAAGACGGAACAUAAGGAAAUUUCCAACCCAACCCUCGGAUCCUGCGGUGGAAAAUCCACAAAUUGAGCUUGAGAAGGUUAAACGUAACUUGAGAAAGGUUCAUAACCCAGUUGUUGAGACUGCAGUUCUGCCAGAAGCUGAAUCUGAUACUGCAAAGGCACAUUUGGAAAAGGAUGCAGUUGCCUCAAGUGUUGCUGUUUCAGAACAAGGGGUCAUUAGUUCUAAAGAAAUUAUCAAUAAGGAAGCAACUAUAUCGAUUUCCAGUCAGCCGGAUAUAGGAAUAACUACUGGAGAUUUAGCUACUAAGGAGGUGUACAACACCCCUAGCAGUUAUCAGGUGAAUGUGGAAUCAAAGCCCUUAACAGAUAUUACAAGUAAAGAUAAAAACAUUUCUGAUGAUGAAGUGAACAACGACCCUAUAGAUUUAUUAGAUACUAUUUGCAAAGAUGAAAAUUCUCACAUAACAAAUGGAGAUUUAAAUCACAAGGAAGAUCAAUCAGGCAGUGAAAAUCAGAAACCAAGCCGAAAAGCCUCAAUUGUAGCAAAGCAGGAACGAGCAGAGAAUGGUUUGCACAAUAGUCCGACAAUUCCAAGUUAUAUGGCAGCAACUGAAUCUGCAAAGGCAAAAUUGAGGGCUCAAGGAUCACCAAGAUUUGGACAAGAUGGAAGUGAGAAAAACAACAAUGCUCGGCGACAUUCUUUGCCAUCUUUAACUAACAGCAAAAUCACCUCGCACUCUCCUAGGACACAGAGACCAGCUCAGUCAGGUGGUAAAGUGGGCCACAAAAGUGACAAAGCUGUAUCAUCUUCUAGAGAUGGAAAUGGAAAGGUAAUUCAAGCAGAAUGGAAGAGGUGAUUUGAGGAUACUUUUUUCGGAGUUGACGUGAAGAAGUUUAAACUCGUGAGGUUUGAGUUAUCUUUGAUGGAAAUUGUUGAAUUGACCAAACUAUAGGUGUGUUUGAUCAGGUUUUUCUUCACUUGCAGCAUUUGGGCGUUUGAGGGUGAUUUGUACAUUAUAGGUUUUUAGUUUUGCAUGAAGCAGCUAUACCAAAUUUAUGUCCUGUUUGUUUUCGACAUUAUUGUUGGGCUGUCUAUAUUGUUUGUUUUUUCAAGUUCUUUUUUCUUCCUGAAGUGUGUAUGAUCUUAACACGCACCUUCGUAGGUGUUACAAAGUACUUGUGUGCGGCGAAUUUCGACCUAAGUUGGUAACAUGAAUGUGCUCAUGCUAGAUUUCUUGAGUUA